CAGGAUUCCGGGUUAGUAUCGAGUAGCUAUCAGACUUGUAAUCCGGGACUGAUAUUUUGUAAAUUCAUAAUUGGGCAGUUAAUUUAUUUGUAAAGACUUUUUUUUCAAAAAUUAAUCUAAUUCAUUUAAAGUUGUUUGUAUGAAUUUUGUUUAAUAAAUUGAGUGACAUGAAACUCCUCAAGCCCGUUUGGGUUAAUCAUGAUGGUCAACCCAUAUUUUCUGUUGAUAUACAUCCUGAUGGAUCUAAAUUUGCCACCGGUGGACAAGGUGGGGAUGCUGGGAGAGUUUGUUUAUGGAGCAUUGGACCUAUUAUUGAUGAAAAGUUGGAGAAAAAUGAUUCAGUGCCUAAGUUAUUAUGCCAAAUGGACAAUCAUUUAGCGUGUGUCAAUGUUGUUAGAUGGUCACAAUCUGGCAAAUUUUUAGCUUCUGCUGGAGAUGAUCAAAUCAUCAUGAUCUGGCAAAUCUCCAAAUAUUUAGGCUCUUCGACAUCCUCAAUUUUUCGAGGAGCUGGUAAUGUGGAACAAUGGAGAUGUAUUGCUACUUUAAGAGGACAUUCCGGUGACAUUCUUGAUCUCAAUUGGUCACCUCAAGACGAAUAUAUUGCAUCCGGUUCAGUUGAUAAUAAUGUAAUUGUUUGGAAUGCUCGCAAUUUUCCAGAAGUUGUUGCAAGAUUAAAUGGACACAACGGAUUUGUGAAAGGAGUCAGCUGGGAUCCAAUUGGUAAAUAUGUCGCUUCACAAUCUGAUGACAAAUCAGUCAAGGUUUGGCGAACCAAAGAUUGGAAAGAAGAAACUACUGUCAGUGAACCCUUUCGUGAUUGUGGCGGUACAACUCAUGUACUUAGAUUAAAUUGGUCACCAGAUGGUCAAUUCUUGGUUUCAGCUCAUGCAAUGAAUAACCGAGGCUCAACUGCUCAAAUAAUUGAAAGAGAUGGCUGGAAAGCGCAAAAAGAUUUCGUUGGUCACCGCAAAGCUGUCACCUGUGUCCGAUUUAAUCCAAAUAUACUUGAAGAAUCCUCAAACUUUUAUACAUUGAUCGCUUUAGGAAGUCGUGAUAAGUCAAUCUCCGUCUGGAGUACCAAAAAUAAGCGACCUACCUUGGUAAUUCAUGAUCUUUUUGAAAGCUCAGUACUUGACUUGACUUGGAGUAGAGACGGCUACUCUCUGUUAAGUUGCUCCUGGGAUGGUUCUGUAGCAUUCAUUCGAUUUGAGCCGGGUGAAAUCGGAAAGUUAUCCUCUCAAGAAUCCAAAACAGCCUAUUUUCAAAAAUUAUAUGGAAAAAGUCUGCAAUCUCCUUCCAAAGAAACACUUCUUAUUGAAGAUCCUGAAAUUCUAAAGAUACGUGAAAAACAACUCAAAAAGAAAGAGAAAGAAAAACAGUUGUCUAUUUCUAAUAAGGAUUCCAAAAGUCCGAACUCACUGAUUUUGCAAAAUGGCAGCAAUAAUUUUUCCUCUAAAUCUAAUUUAAGUAUUUGUGAUAAGAACAAAGUUCUCAAAGGCCCUACAGAUAAACAAAUUGAGACAAGAAUGCCAAAUGGACGUAAAAGGAUUACGCCAAUUUUUAUACCGCUACCAACUGAUUGUGAAGAAACUCCAAUAUCAUUCACAGCAACUACAUUUUCAUCAUCAGACGCUCCAUCUGACAUACCUUCGGAGAAACGAGAAGGUAAUACAUCAACUCCCAUCAAAAUAAAUGAAGAAAAAGAUGGCGAAUCACCUGUAUCACUUGUCAAUCAAUCAUCUAAACCAGGAGUUUCUUCAACAGCACCAUUACCCAGUCCUUCACCUAUUAAAGCACCUAGACUUUCAGGUGAAACAAAUCAGACUAAACAAGAUGAGCCUUCUGUUGACAAUGAAACUACUAAUUCAUUAACCUCUCCAAAUACUGCUUCCAAAAAUAAUACUGAGUCGACAGAGAAGCGUCCAAUUUCUCCUACCAGCAAUGUAUCUCCAUCUUCAGCUGUAAAGAAAGUGAAACUUUCAAAUCCACCAUCAUCACAACCUGUGAAAGUAUUAAAUAAACCAAAUGAAUCUAAUCAGACAAAACAAGCCAAUGGACAGUCCAGUCAAUUGAAAAAAUCUUUAUCGACUGACAAAAGGAAAGGUGGCCGUACAGGGGUCGGAAAUAUAACAAAAACACCCACUCCUCCAACUUCAACUACUCGUCCCGAAGAAAAAACCGAUAAUCGACCCCUUCGAUCCGAGUCGAAAGUUUCCGCGAUUUUAUCUAGUUUAAAAAUUGACAAAAGCUCAAAUCUUCUCGUAAAAAUAACCGGGGAUGAUGGAACAAAAAAGAAUCUAAUUGUAGAAGUUGAAAAUAAUAUCAGCAAUUCUGCAUUAAGUAUUGUACGAGUCUUAAAUCAAGAAAAUGAUAAAGUUUGGGAAAUGGUUUUAUCAUCAAAAAUAUGUGGUUUAUCGGCCUGUCCUUAUCUAGUCGCAGUUGCCUGUAGUGAUCUAACUUUAUCCGUCUUCUCUACUACUACUGGAAGAAGACUUCAUACACCUUUAACACUAGACUCGCCCGCAAGCCGAUUAAAUUGUUAUAAACAUUAUUUACUAGUUGUUACCAACAAAGCAUCAGUGUGGUUAUGGGAUUUUGAGAAUCAUUCAGUGAAAGUUAAGAAUGAAUCAAUUUAUUCACUUCUGUCUACGCCAUCUAAUUCAACCAUUGUUAAUACUGGAAUAACCGAAACCGGAUCACCGGUGAUUACCCUUUCUUCUGGCAAAUCAUUUGUGUUCGACUUGUCUUUUGGAAGUUGGUCGCUAGUUUCAAAUGGCAAUGAUCUUCUCAACUUCUUCUCCGACUACAAGCAAACCUGGAGGCCUGAAUCCAGUUCUUAUCCACUUGCAAUUCUUCAAUCUCAAAACAGUCUUAUCAAAACGAGUCAUAAUAUUUUUUUAUCAAACUCAAAUCUUCAGAAGACUGGCACUCUCAGUUUCUUAGAUCAACAAUUGACUUCAUCGCUCAUUCUUGGUUCAUCUAAAGAGUAUCGACAAUGGCUCAUAACAUUAGCUCAAUUUUUAACUGAAGAAGGUAUUGAACCUCGUUUAAGAGAAUUGUGUCAAUUUCUAUUAGGUCCACCAUUUUCAUCAUCGGAUAGUAAUUGGGAAAGUACUAUCUUAGGAAAUGAAAAACAUGAACUUCUUCGAGAAGUUCUUGCCAUUACUACCUCCAACUUGAAAUUACAACGCAUCUACACUGAAUUCAAACAACAACUUGAUCUCAUUUCAUCUGCUUCAUCUUCAUCAUUUCUUUGAUGCUAACAAGCAUUCACCUCAACAAUUCUCAUUGCAAAUUUCAUUACACCCAUUGUUCAACCGUAGAUAUGUACAUAGUAUAUAAAAAAAGUAAUUCAAAACAAAAAUCAUUGUAACCAUUUAAACCAUAAUUUCAAUAUAAUUUUUCAUUUAUAAUCUUACGAAAAUUGUACGAAACGAUUCGAGAUUUGUCUUAAAAUAAUUGCAAUCAAGAGUGUGUUUACUCUUUCAUUUUCUUCUACUAUGUCAAAAAAUCUGUUCAUUUUCCCUUCUCUUUUCCUUUCACCAAAAAUAAUGUAUUUUUUUUACAAAAAAAUGAAUACUGCAAUGAAAUUUCCUUUUUGGCAACCA